AUGACCCUGUUCCGCCGGGGCAAGCAGCAGGUGAAUCUGGACGAGAUCGCGACCCAGCCCUCCGUAUUCGACGAUCCGGAAAAGGCGAAGCACUUCCUGCCCACCGAGAAGUACGAAAACUUGCACCGCUUCGACCCGAGCGCGCGGUGGACAUGGGCCGAGGAGCUGCCGCUCAUCAACAAGCUGGACUGGAAGAUCACUCUGUGGGCCUGCACCGCCUUCUUCGCCCUCGAUCUGGACCGCGGCAACCUGUCCCAGGCGAACACGGACAACUUCCUCGAAGACAUGGGCCUGUCCACGAACGACUACAACCUGGGAAAUACCGUCUUCAGGCUGGCAUUCCUGUGCGCUGAGCUGCCGUCGCAGCUGGUCAGCAAGAAAGUUGGUCCUGAUCGAUGGAUACCUACUAUCAUGUGCUUGUGGAGCAUCGUGGCAGCUGCGCAAUUCUGGCUGAGUGGGAGAUCGAGCUUCCUGGCUUGCCGGGCCCUGCUGGGCCUGCUCCAAGGUGGCUUUAUCCCCGACAUCGUCCUGUACCUCUCCUAUUUCUUCAAGAGCACCGAGCUUCCCUUCCGCCUGGCUCUGUUCUGGACGACGUUGAGGGUCGUCGACGUCAUCGCCCCUAUCCUCGCCUACGGCAUUCUACGGCUCCGAGGCCACCACGGCCGGGAAGGGUGGAGAUGGCUGUUCCUCAUCGAAGGCCUGUUCACUUUGUGUAUAGGUAUCUACUCGUGGUUCCAGAUGGCUCCGUCUCCGACUCAGACCAAGACCAUUUUCCGGCCCAAAGGCUGGUUCACCGAACGGGAGGAGACCAUCAUGGUCAAUAGGAUCCUGAGAGACGAUCCCUCUAAGGGCGACAUGCACAAUCGACAGGCGGUCGACUUCAAGAUGCUGUGGAAGUCGCUGUGCGAUUACGAUAUCUGGCCGAUCUACCUCCUCGGGCUUGUCUUCGGCAUCCCCACCGGGCCUCCCGACCAAUAUCUGACCCUGACGCUCCGGAAUCUCGGCUUUGACACCUUCAACUCCAACCUGCUCUCGAUUCCGAGCCAAAUUACCGGCGCUAUCGCGAUGAUGAUCGCGACCUUCUUUUCGGAGGUGUGGAACGAGCGGUCUCUGAUCGGCGCGUUUGCGCAGCUUUGGAUCCUGCCAAAUAUCAUCGCCCUAGCUGUGCUACCCAGCGACGCCUCCCAAUGGGUAAAAUACGCCGUACUCAUAGUCUUGCUUUCGUACCCGUAUCCCCAUGCUAUACAAGUAGGCUGGUGUAGCCGCAACUCGAACACCGUUAGAGCGCGAACAGUUUCCGCGGCGGUCUACAACAUGUUUGUCCAGGUUUCGGGAAUUGUAUACUCGAAUAUAUAUCGCGCCGACGACAGGCCUGAGUACCGCCGCGGCAACCGGCAACUGGUUGCGAUCUGCGCGGGCAACAUCGUCAUAUACCUACUCGUAAAGGCGUACUACAUUUGGCGCAACAAGCAGAGGGACAACAAGUGGAACGCCAUGACUCGCGAGGAACAACUAAACUACCUGCAGACGACUACGGACCAAGGAAACAAGAGGCUAGACUUCAGGUUCGCCCACUGA